AUGUCCGUCAGCGGCCGAUUUCCGAACGAACUCUGGCUCGAAGUCAUGCAGCACCUCUCACAGAUGGAGCUGCGCUCCGUCGCUGCAUCCAACAGAACACUACUCCAUCUCGCUCGCGAUUUCCUUUUCCGCCACGUCAAAAUCCGCUUCUGCACGCCUAUCCCAGGCGACGGGCGCUGGAACCCGCACAUCCCCGCUGCAGACAGUUUAGCGAGAAUCGCACUAUUCACAUCACCUGACAUUGCCUCGCGCGCGCGGAGCGGCCGCCUGCGCUGCGUCCGUAUACACGAGAUGCAAGAGCGGCAGCCCGUCCUACGCCUAGCCGACGGCGAAACGCGUGCUUGCGGCCAUUUCCUGGCGCUUUUUCUGGAGCAUUCCCGGCGCUUCGCUAACCUCCGUCGACUCGAGUUGGACAACCUCGUGCUCGACCACGCUGCAUACCACGCCGUUGCCAACCUGCCGGCGCUGAAGGAGCUCGUCAUAAACUGGACGGAUUUAUGGUUCGGAGAAUUACCGACCAGGAGGCUGGAGCUUGUAUGUCUGAGCUACUACGGAAGACUGGGUCUUGAUUCAAACCUGCGGCUCAUCGACCCUUCACUACUGCACACCGUGUACGUAGGCUUCAACGAUGAGACUUUCACAUUGGAUGGCCUCACGCGCUUGGAUAACCUCGAGCGCCUCGCAAUCAACAGUGCCAGUCUUGGAAGCGAUCUUGGGCACCACGAUCUGUCGCGGCUCACACCUACCACCUUCCCGCGGCUACGGGCGUUCUCUGGCCUGCUCGACUUCGCAUUGCACUUCAUUGAAAACUGCCACCUUGAACGGCUGUUUAUAGACGAGUUAUAUGACACAUCACUGCGGUACGUGACGAUUGCGCCGGACAAGGCUGCAUGCAUUACGACGCUCGGCAUCAACAACAUUUCACUGGAGCACGAAGAGCUAUGCCGAAUCGUGAACAUGUUCCCGAACCUCACUGUCCUCGCCAUAUCCGCCUGCGACUACGACGCCGAAUGGUACGAGGAACGUCCACUCUAUGAGGAGCUGCCAGGACGUGACCUCAUCGACCAGCUGCUGGCCACCGUCGCGCCAGCCACACUCACGGAAUUGCAUGUGACGUUGUACUGGACAGAUUCGAUCGCCACUACGAAGCAGAUCUUCGCCGACCCCGCCCCCUCCCACGCGGGCCCCCUCGCUGCAGGACUCAUACGCUGCCCGCUGCUGAGGGCGAUUUACAUCGUGCUCGAUGGAAGCCGAGGCGGGGAAGCGGCGUUUGCGAUGUCAUGGGAGCGCCAUCCUGGGGGAUUCGAGGAGCGGCACACGACAGAGGACGUCGGGAAGGCCACCAAGCUCCGUCAGUGGAUGCUCCCGCACCGGAUCGCGGAGAUGUGGGGCUUCUAA